AUGGUAAAGCGAAAACAGAACUCAGAGCGCAGGAUAGUGUACGUAGCAGAUCUGACACCACAGAUCGCAUUGGCUCUGAUAUGCAACGUAUCACAUCUACACCUUCCGAAUUUUCGAUCAUUCUUAUCAAGACAUAUUCAAUUUCAGGCCUACAUGAAUGUGUCCCAAAGGCAAGAGUUUGUCUUAGAAUUUCAUCUACCGCAUUACGUUCUUCGGUCAGAUAGUGUAAGGUAUUCCGAUCCCAGGAGGCUUAGGGUUGCUCGGUAUUUUCGACCGCCCAACUCGAGCGUGCAAGAUUGCAUCUAUGAAUCCCAAUUCUCCCUGAUAAUAUGUGUCAUGGACGAUUUCUUCUGGACAGCUUAUUUCUGUGCAGAUGGCUAUUAUGCAGAGCGCGAUACAGUUGACGAAUACCUCAAAGAGGGACUGGAUGGCCCGUCUGGGGGUCAAAGGCCAUGUGAUAUGCCGAUUUGGGAUCCAAGAUAUUAUUUUCUGGCCGUGUUGGCUAUACGGAUAAGCCAAGUUACGGCAGAGUGGACAGUGUUGGUUCAAGCCCUGGAGGACUAUUUGGAUCCGCAUCCUGAGUCGCCACAAACUGCAAUGCAGGGCGAGAUCAAUCAAAGUUCUCUACCUGCUUUUCUCGAAGAUGAUCCGAAUUUAGAGAGAACCAAGGAAUACACUUGGAUUCUGGGAAUCCUGAGACGGCUUGAGAAUUCACUGGCGAAACUACUUGCUACAUGGAAUGCUUUUGAGAUGAACCAUAGAAUUUAUUUUGACUUGGAUAAGUCCGGUAUCUUGUACGAUAAUUUUCGGCAACGUUUCUAUCACAUUCAAGAGCGAACGGAUGAGCUGCAAGCUUUGCAUAUGGUCAUGGAGCAAAGAAUAGAGACCUUGGAGAAACUUUCGAGCACCCUUGUCAAUGCAUCCUCUCUUGCUGAGAGCAUAACUGCAACUCGUCAGGGAGACAAUAUCCAGCUUCUCACCCGCAUAACAAUUAUAUAUCUUCCUCUGACCUUCGUCACGGCAGUAUUUAGCAUGAAUCAAGUUCCGGACGAUGUUUCUUGGUGGAGUUACUGGGUAUCACUAGUAUUCUUAACGACUUUAACAGUCUUCGUUGCCUUUGGGUUCCCAUCACUUCCGCUCGUGCGGAUGGGGACAUAG